AUGGGCACCCUGAGGUGGCUCUUCUGGGCUGGGCUGGGCUACCUGAGCUGCUGCUGUCCUCUCCAGGUGCAGGCACAGUUCCCCCGUGCCUGCAUGACAGUGGAUGCCCUUCGCUCAAAACGCUGCUGCCCAGCCUUGGGGACAGAGCCAGGCAACAUCUGUGGGUCCUUGCAGGGCAGGGGACAAUGUCAGGGAGUGCAGGUGGACACUCAACCCUGGAGUGGCCCCUACACCCUUCGAAAUGUGGAUGAUCGGGAGCGGUGGCCCCUCAAGUUCUUCAACCAGAGCUGUCGGUGCACAGGAAACUUUGCUGGCUAUAACUGUGGUGACUGCAAGUUUGGUUGGACCGGCCCUGAAUGCAACAUGAGGAAGCCAGCAGUUAUCAGGAAGGACAUCCACUCCCUGACAGCUGAGGAGAGAGAGCAGUUCUUUGAUGCUCUAGACCGUGCAAAGACAACCAUUCACCCAGACUAUGUAAUUGCAACACAGCAUUGGCUAAGUCUGCUUGGUCCCACUGGAGAGGAACCCCAGAUUGCCAACUGUAGUAUUUAUAACUACUUUGUUUGGCUUCAUUACUACUCAGUCAGAGACACGCUAUUAGGACCUGGCCGCCCCUUCACAGGGAUUGAUUUCUCCCAUCAAGGACCUGCCUUUGUUACUUGGCACAGGUAUCAUUUGCUGUUGCUGGAGAGAGACCUGCAGCGACUGUUGGGCAACGACUCCUUCGCCCUGCCUUACUGGAACUUCGCCAUGGGUAAAAAUGAAUGUGACAUCUGCACGGAUCAGCUCUUUGGAGCGUCACGGCUGGAUGAGCCUGGGCUGAUCAGCCUGAGCUCCAGGUUCUCCCAAUGGCAAAUAAUUUGUAACAGCUUGGAUGACUACAACCGCCUGGUCACGCUGUGCAAUGGGAGCGAUGAGGGACCACUGCGGCGUCGGCUGCCUGGGGGUUCUGGCGAGCAGCUGCCCACUGCAGAGGAUGUCAGGAGAUGCCUGUCCCUGCAGGAGUUCGACAGCCCCCCCUUUUUUCGCAAUUCCAGUUUCAGUUUCAGGAAUGCACUUGAAGGCUUUGAUAAGCCAGGUGGAGCCCUUAGCUCACCAAUGAUGAGCCUUCACAAUUUAGCUCACUCUUUCCUGAAUGGGACCAGCGUUCUCCCUCAUGCAGCCGCCAAUGAUCCCAUCUUUGUGGUUCUUCACUCCUUUACCGAUGCCAUCUUUGAUGAGUGGAUGAAGCGGUUUAACCCCACAGACAGUGCCUGGCCUGAGGAGUUGGCCCCCAUUGGUCACAAUAAAUUGUAUAACAUGGUCCCUUUUUUCCCUCCUGUGACCAACGAUGAUCUCUUCCAAACGGCGGAGCAACUUGGCUACACCUAUGCCAUCGACUUGCCAGGUUCCCUUGAAGAAACCCAAGCAUGGGCUGUCAUGGUUGGAUCCACAGUUGGAGCACUUAUAGCUCUGGCCACGCUUGUCCUGCUUCUUGCACUUUUCCAGCACAGAAGGCAGAGGAGAGGUUUUGAACCACUUGUGAAUGUGAGCUUCAGCCCCAAAAAGUACAUGGAUGAGGCCUAG